AUGGAAACGCGGGUUGGAAGAGACAGAGCAAAGGAGAUUAAUGAUUGCCAUCCGUUUGAUGGUGCUAUUCAUGCAGAGACAAUUGGAUAUGCGGGUGGUAUUUGUCUUAGAAUUGUGGAAAGGCAGGUGUUGUGGGAAAAUCUUACUAAAGUCGUUGACCUUCAUAGUAAGCCUUGGAUUAUUGCAGGUGAUUUCAAUGAACCCCUAGCAGAGGUGGAUAAGUUUGGGAGAAGGCUAGUUAGUAUAAACAGAUCGUUUCUUUUCAAGGAUUGCCUGGAUAAGUGUAACAUGGUGGAUAUGGGAUUUAGCGGGCCGAGAUAUACAUGGAUGAACAGAAGAGAGAUCAGCAGUCUUAUUCAAGAAAGAAUUGAUAGAUUUUUUAUGAAUACUAGUUGGUGUCAGCUUUACCUGGAUGCUGAAGUGUCGCACUUAACUAGGUGUCAUUCAGAUCAUUGCCCUAUGUUGAUGGAAACCAAUCCCAAUAGGCAGUUGCAUCUCACGAGACCUUUUAGAUUCCAAUCUUUCUGGUUGUCCGAUCCCCCAUUUCCUAAUGUGAUUAAUCAGGCAUGGCAACAUCCUAGGAAGCUGCUGGAAGCUAUUGAAGUGUUUUCCAAACAGGCCAAUUUGUGGAACAAGAACCAAUUUGGGAAUAUCUUCCAAAAAAAGAAAAGGAUUGUGGCCCGGCUUGAUGGGGUGCAAUGA